UCUUCCAUUUUUAACCUUUUUUGAAGAGCUGACUCGAGGAUAAAUGCACAAAAAUUCGAAUGUACCUGUACAGUCCUGUACCUCUGCAAAUGGCAAUACACUAACUAAUAUCUAAUCUAAUCUCAAACGUAAAUACUAAAGCUACUCAACCGCUCUAGUCUCAUGUUCAUAUACAGUUAAGUCAUUGCUGUUAAUGUUUCCCUGAUGGGUACAAUAUUACCAAUUUUAUUUUUUGAUUACUAUUUAUACUGUAAACCUAAACAUAUGCUCUUGAUAACUUCACAAUGGAGCUUGUUUGCAGUGUCUCUAAAACAGUAUUGUGGAUCAAACAUGAUGAAGUACUUACUUCAGUACUUGUGUCAACUUCUGAUCAACGAUUCAUACGUUUUUUUGUUUUCCAGCUUCUUUGGAUCCUACAGUUUGGACAUAAUGGCGAGCUCUUUAUUGAGUGUGGAUUUGGACACAAUUAACAACCCCUCAAGUCCACUCAUCACAUAUGCCAAUAAGCUGUUCAGAUUUCCCAUACUUCUCUUUCUUUUCCAAGGGUGCUUUCCAUUUGCUCUUCCGCUAUUGGAGCUAAUGGGUUUCUCAUUGUUCCCCAAGAGUUCUACUAAUUACUUUAAAAGGUUUGUGGAGAAGAUCAGGCAGCAACGCAAUGGAAACUCACAAAAGAAUUCAAGAGAUAUGCUUCAAAAUAUGAUUGACAGCCAGACCGACAAUAAAUCCAAGAAAGAAGGGGAGAAUAAAAAGCUGACUGAUCAUGAGAUCAUUUCUCAAGUGACCAUGUUUGUGUUCGCUGGUUACGAGACAAGCGCCACAACUCUCACUUUCCUUGCCUACACUUUGGCCCAAAACCCUGCAGUCAUGAAACGCCUACAGGAGGAGAUAGAUGUCACCUUUCCUGAUAUGGGUCCAGUCCAGUAUGAAGCCCUGAUGCAGAUGGAGUACUUGGACAGCGUGGUCAAUGAGUGUUUGAGGCUCUACCCUCCAGCUGCACGUCUGGAACGAGUGGCUAAAGAAAAAGUAAAGAUCAACGGGAUCACAAUCCCAAAAGACAUGCUUGUGAUGGUUCCAGUCUACGCUCUGCACCACGACCCCGAGCUUUCAGAGCCCAAAGAGUUCAGACCUGACAGAUUUAGUAAGGAGAACAAGCAGAACAUUAGGCCAUACACUUACUUGCCGUUUGGGGCUGGGCCGAGGAACUGUAUUGGAAUGCGAUUUGCUCUGCUGAUGGUUAAACUGGCCUUGGUGGAAGUGUUGCAAAACUACAGCUUCUCAGUCUGUGAUGAGACAGAGAUCCCUUUGAAGAUGGACCCUGAAGGCCUCGUUGGACCAUUGAAACCAAUCAAACUGAAGGUGGUGACACGAUCAAACCAGUGCAACUAGAGAUUGGUCCGGGUCAAACAGCUCUUGUGGUUGAACAAUCAUAUAAAUGAGUAACUUAAGUAACUAAAAAUGCUUCUUUAGUUUACGACUGACAUUUUUCAUCUGUACUUUCAGUUUAUAUUUUGAUAACCAAUCAAGCUUCAAACCCAGUACUCUGGUUGGAUAAGAGGUAUUCCAUGAUUGCUAACAUAGAGUAUAACAGCACUGGGAAUGAUAUCGUUGUGUAUCUCUGCCUCAGUCGGGUGUUUAAAAUUGUGUUAAUUAACAUUAUGAUGGUGUUUGUCUUGACUGAUCACGCUGGAACCUCUGAAUCAUGGAGGCAACUUAAGCAACUGCCAACAGACUCUUAUUUCACUGCCUACAUGAUCAAAUGAAACAUACAGGUGAAUGCAAACUAAACAAAGUAGGUGGCCUGCUGAAUUGGUGACAUACACAAAGUUACAAAAGUGCAGGAGAAGGUUUUGGUUGCUCAGCGACUGUUCAACUCUAAGCAAGAAAAAUAACUUGUUAUAAUUUGUUGUUUCUUGUUUUGUUUCCUAACACAAAGUUCUGAAUUUAAAUACACUAAUCUAAAGUAAAUUAUCCAGCACAUUAAGUGUUGAUUAAAAAUAAAGAACACCAUUGUGACCAGUGGCAGAUGUGUCAGGGACACAACACUGUUAACAUUCUUCUGUUAAAUAUAGUUCACUGCGCUUACCUAAUAAAUGGAGAAUAUGACAAAUGUUUCUGUUCAUCUCAGAAGACUCAUUGUGCUUUAUGUGGAAUUAUUCUUUGUGAAGCCUGUUCUUUUACAUUUUGAUUAAAGGGUAUUCAUCUGUCCAGUA